AUGACGAGUGUAGCCAGCCGCCAUCGGUCAUCUACCGCUGUGUCCGCGUCAGCUUCCAUUGCGCCAGUCAUUGCGGAGCUGCGGCCCGCAGUUGAGGCCUUGAACACCGAUUCGAGGGAACAUGUCCACCCAUCUGUGACUGAUCUUCGUACAAAGAUUGAUAAAAUCCGUCAAGUUCGUCAACAGCUUCGCAAAGUUGCGUAUCCCGGCCAGGCUCAAGACGCCUUUCGGCAUCUUCAUGGCUUCGAGGCUGUUCUUGAAGCCAUCCGCUCACUUUCUGGAUUUUACGACACUCAGAAACUAUCGAACACUCAGCGCACGGACUUCUUUGAGCUUCUUGAUGAAGCACUCCGUACUUUGUCCGAUGCGCUCGAGCAUCACUGGGGAAACCGGCGAUACUUCAGAAACAAAGUUGGCGGUUGGGCAAGCUUGGAGCAGGUGCUUGCCAGUACAGGAAUUGGCGGUACCACAGAUAUAGAACAUGUGCUUGCCGAUCAGGGAAAGAUUUUUGCCGUCCUUCUAGCGUUUGCAUUUGGAGAUGAUACCCCUAAAAAGUAUUUCGAAAGCAUUUUCAACUUGAGAGGUCCUUUUGAAACAGGAGCACAGGAGCUCGCGGAUAAUGAGGCCAGCGGAUCUGAUGAGAAAGUUGGCCCCCGCAGAAGCAAUUACCGGUCUGUGGUCGAGGAGCAAGCGAAAGAUUUCUUCGGCGCUUUCACAUCUAUCCAAAAUCCAGAGAUGGUUGCAAUUGUACUCAAUUUCUGGCUUGCCUUUCCACGCGCCCCCAGAGAGACGCAAGAACCUAACAUAACCUCACUUGCUCUUGUGGCAGCGCUCAGAUGGAUUGCGGAAUCAUCCUUCCACAACCUAGCAGCUUUGCACUCAACGAGGAUUCUCAGCUCUAUCAUUCCGCAUUUAUUUGACAAGUCUCUACAUCCUGUUGAAGCCGACACACUACGAUCACUGGCUGUAACAUUGGCGGGCUUGGGCGUGAACAAGUUGCAGGACAGCCAGUUCCUAUUCAAAAAUGCCAUUCAUUCUCCGGAGGUAGCUGAAUUUCUUCUGCAAUCCGUCCGUGUUUCUCGGGCCCCUCCUCUCAUCCAUUUCGACUUAUCCUUACAUGGGCAUUCCUCGGUGGAGUUGCCUGAUCUUGGUCGAAAUUUUCCUCCGAUUUCUCCUAGUGCUGGCUAUACAUUCACUGCGUGGCUAAGGGUCGAUACCUUUGACUCCGAAUCACAUACAACUGUGUUUGGGGCAUUUGACACCAGUCAAACCUGUUUUGUAUUGAUUUAUCUUGAGAAAGACACACGAAAUCUGAUCCUACAGACUUCCAUUAGAUCCACUAGGCCGAGUGUACGUUUUAAGUCAACAAUCUUCGAGCAGGGCGUUUGGUACCAUAUUGCUGUGGUCCAUAGAAGACCUCGAUCUGCCUCUUCAAGUCGCGCUUCUCUCUAUGUUAACGGCAAGUUUACGGAGCAAGUUAGAAGCCACUACCCUUGUAUUCCACCAGCUCUGAACACAAGCACCGAAAGUUUCGCUUCCUUGACCUCAAGCAGCAGACACAACCCAGUACAAGUGUUUCUGGGAACGCCACAGGAUCUCUCAAGCAAUAUUGGUCGCGGGCUUGUCUCUUCCAAGUGGUCUCUGGCGAGUUCGCAUCUCUUCAAUGAUGCCCUUAGUGAUGACCUCAUCGCUGUAUAUUAUCAGCUUGGUCCUCGUUAUAGCGGCAAUUUCCAAGAUUGCUUGGGCUCUUUUCAGACAUAUGAUGCGUCAGCUAAGCUCAACAUGCUGAAUGAAUCGAGACACCCAGGAAAGGAAGACAGAUCAGACAUAGUCGCAGCGAUUCGAUCCAAAGCAAGCACUCUUUUACCAGAGUCACAAAUCUUAUUUAAUAUCUCUCCCGUGGCUGUAUUAUGUGGUGACCAAAACCAUCUAAAUAAGCCCCAAAUCAUUGCUGGACUAUCGAAACAAGCUGGCAGGAGCUUGCAACAAUUGACACGCGCAGGGGGCAAUCCGAUUGUUAUAAACGGCGCCAUACCAGCAAUCAACGAUGCGCUGACACUGUCUAAUGGCGUGGCGAUACUUACAGGCGAACCGGCCGUGGUCAUUCCGGAAUCUCUCGACAACGAUAGCUGGCGCCUAAGUGGAUGCUGUUCUGUGGGUCUCAAGCUUAUUGAGAACGCAGCGACCCCGAGUGACCUCCUCCUGGCUGUAAGAAUUUUCUUUGAAACUGUUAAAGACAACUGGAGAAAUAGUGAGGCAGUGGAGCGUGAAAAUGGCUUUGGGAUUCUCGGUGCUAUCCUGCGUGGGAAGCUCGGCGGGGGAAUGACGAUGGGUUCAGCAAAUCCUGUUACCUUUGACACCGACGAUUCCACGACCCAUGAGCGUCUCAGUUCCGGAUUGUUGAGUUUGAUCCUUGAUUUUGUGGGUUACGAUCGCACUGAUCCUUCCGAGUCUAUAAUAAACAACCCACUUGCCUAUCGUGUUUUGCUAGUCGAUCUUGAUCUUUGGAGAAAGACUGGCUGUGACACCCAAAAACUCUAUUAUAACCAGUUUGUUACGUUUGGAGUCCAAAGCAAGUAUCGGCACUUUAAUUUGAAACGGCUAUCCCGCAUGAGAAUCGUUAAGAAAUUACUAGAGGCAAUGAAGACAUCGACUUUUCCAAGUGCAGUAACGGAAGAUUUCCUGGCUGCUUUCAAAUUUCUUGUCUCGUCCUGUCUCUCAGCAGAAGUUCUUCGAUCCCUUGCUCUGUUCAUCACGUAUGCUCUCCACAAAUCAGAAAGCAUUACUCCAAGAACCUGGACAAGAAAGGCCACCAUGCCUUUACGCCAGAAUUCUACAAAAAGAACACUUCGCACAGCUUCUUCACAUGGUUCUUUGAGUCAAUCCGCUCAACCAAGUGCCCCGACUGAGACACAGGAUCUAUCACGUAUGCAGCUGGGAAUAAGGAUUUUAGAAGUUUAUGCCGACUUACUCUGCAACGAAGACGGCACUGUACUGAUCAAAAAGUUUGCUAGAACUGUAACAAAUAAGUGGCUUCUUUUUCUUCUUGCUGAGGAUGAGCCUCGUGUCGUUCUUCUAGGCGCAAAGAUAUUGAGUCGGCUCCUCACUAUUCACGGAGCUAGUUAUGUGAAAAAGUUCGCCGAUAAGUCUGGAGGCUUUGUCAUUAUGCGACAUAGACUGAAGCGUUGGUGGAAUAUACCGACAAUUUGGCCCAUAUGCUUUGCACUACUUUUCAACCAUGACGUUGGGAAGAUAGAAUUUGGCAGGUCAUUCGAUUUGUAUAGUCUUCUUGAUAUCUUCGGUCCGAAUACACAGGUUAUCUAUCCGGAGGUCCUACCCGUGAUAACCUCUAUGAUACAGAGAGGAGUGAAAGAGAUUGUACAAGAUUCUGGUUCAUCUGCAACUGCUCCGCAGAAUGUCUCUUCCGCAAAUGAGACGAUGCUUACUCACACUGGGAUGAACGUGGAGCACGCGCGACGCCCCUCUAUGGAUUACAAUACCGAGCUUUCUUCAUCACGAAAACCGUUUGACUUCAAUGUAGACCGUAGAGCUAUCAUUCUGCAUACGGUAAUCCACUUUCUGGCCGAUAUUCAUAACAAAUCUCCAAGCUUUCGGCAAUUUGCGGCAAAUUCGAAUUAUAUCCAGGAAAUGUUGUUUGUUCUUUAUCCGGUCAUUGUCAGCUCUGAUACAGUCAGCGCGGAAACUGAACUGAAUUCUCGAGGUUCUGCCUUGACUUUUGAUGGCGGCGAUGUAGUGAUCCGCCCAAUUUCUCGAAUUGAAUCACAACCAUCUCCUAUCGUCCGGACAAUGAAUGUUACUUCGCCACCAAGUCCUAACCUUCAACGAGCCUAUCCGCUGCGGCGAGGUUCGUCUUUCGUCCUGGUUACAUCACAUCAAAAACAACACAGUCCCUCCUCUGCAAGACUAAAUCCUGUCAUGUCUCCGAAAACGUCACAGUCAAUAACUUUGAACGUAAGCAACACCAUUGUGGAAAGCUUAAUGGAGUUGGUUACGGCCGUCUUCAUGGAGCAGGUUCUGGAACGGAAAGAAUUUCCGGGAUUCGGAUUGUUUUUGAGAGUUCCUCCUGGCUUUCAGGAGCAUCAGGCUUACUUCGAGUCAUACAUACUCCGAAACACACUCUCCCAAUUAAACAAUCACUUACAGCUCAAUAGAAGUCUUCUUUGGGAGCCAAGAGUGAUUAACAAUUUGUACCGGCUUUCAGCUCACUUGGGGGAAGCAGUCUUCGAAGGCUGGUUUCUUAGCGGAGCUGAACCGUUACUAGAAUUUGCAGGCACAGUCCUGGAAUAUCUACAACGACCAGACGUGGGACAAACAAAAGGCGUACGCCUUUGUAGUCAAGCCAUCGGGGGAAUCAGAGCCGUAUUUCUCCGGGUUGUACUGCUACGUCUCUCGGAGUUGGAUGAUACGGACUCCGAGGAAGAGGUAGUAUCCUUUCUUGACAAGAUGAUGUAUUGGCAAACCAUCAUUCUGUCGCCCGAAAAUACGGAAGGCGACUUUCUACGGCUCAUCUGCUAUCUUCUCUACACGAAAUUGAUACGUGAUGAGGAGAAUAUUCGCUUGUCGGCGGCAAAUCUUUGGCGUAUACUUCUAGUCCAGAAACCUAACGAGACUUCUCUAGUUUUCAAUCAAGCUACUACGGCUGACCAGAAGUAUCUUUCUUCUGGAUUCAGGAAGCUAACGGAGCUCGACAACGAAACCUUUAUUUCAUGGGUCGAUAAUCACCGCGAGGACCUUGAUGCGUUUUUCUUUGGAGCAAUGUCGAAAUCAUGGGAAUGUUUUGUGCAGGAUGAGAACCGGAGGACUGAAGAAACAGCAAAGACAAGGAUUAGCAGGAGAAGAGAGAGACUUCGCAUGUGGAUAUCCGAGGAGCUUGCUGAUGAUGAUAUAUUGCAUAAGCAUGGUAUUGCUCGAAAUCAUUGGAUGGCAAACAUUUAUGCCUCUGAACAUUUGAAGCACCAGCGUGCAUUACAGGACCAACAAGACGAUUUCGCAUUCUUAACCUCUACUUUCAAUCGACUCGACAGGGACCUGCGCCGGCCAUGCGGCUUACUUGACGCCGGCAAUGCACAAAAGUGGCAGCUAGAUCAGACUGAAGGGCGGAACCGUAUGCGUCUUCGAUUGGUGCCCGAUACUUCAAACUAUCAGCAGGAUUUCCGACCGAAGAGGAAACAAUCAACCAUGACUCUAAGGGCAAGACCUAGAGCUGAUUCCGAAACGCCCAUUGAUAUCAGCGGCAGCAGGAGCAAGUCUUUGACUCCAACUUCGCCCGGAACACCAACACUCAAUGGUCGAAGAGCUCGGGCCUUCAGCGAGCUCAGCCAAGGACAGGAAGAUGGCGACGAAGCAUUUGAGAUUAUUGAUGACCCAAAAGACGAGGAUGGGGGGUACGAAGACAAGAACCGUAAAGUUAUGAGAAGCCUGCAGCGUGGAGAUCAAGUCCAAUUGGUCUACAAUGUAUCUCGAAUUGUUGGCUUGGAAGCUUGCGAAGGCCUUUUGAUCAUUGGCAAGAACUAUCUUUACCUAUUGGACAACUUCUUUCAACGGUCGGACGGAGAGAUUGUAAACGCCUGGCAAGCUCCAAACGAGGAACGUGAUCCGUAUCUUCAAAUGAUCUCUGGCCGGAAUCCUGGUGAGAACAGACCGCGAAAUACAAGAGACCAUGAAUCUCGGGAUUGGAACUGGUCAGAUGUCAUCAGUAUUUCGAAACGACGAUUCCUUUUCCGUGACGUUGCAAUUGAGGUCUUCUUUAGAGAUGGCCGGAGCUAUCUACUGACCACUGUAUCUCUUUCUUUGAGAGACGAGGUUUACUCUAAACUUAUUUCAAGGGCUCCGCACGUCAUCGGAAACGCGCCAUCACCUCAUCCAGAAGAUUCUUGGCGGAUUGAAGCGUUGAAAAGCCCAGAAGAUGUUCCUCAGACGUUGGGAUCUAAAUUUGCCAAUGUUUUCGCGUCAAACUCAUAUCUUCCUGCAACAAGAAAAUGGAUGAAGGGAGAAAUUUCCAAUUUCCAUUAUUUGAUGCUUGUGAACACCAUGGCCGGGCGGACUUUUAACGACCUUACGCAAUAUCCCGUCUUCCCCUGGAUUUUGGCCGAUUAUACAAGCGAGGAGUUGGACUUGAAUAACCCUCGAAGCUUCAGAGAUUUGUCUAAACCAAUGGGUGCACAAAGUGCGGAACGCGAAGCCGAGUUUCGAGAUCGGUAUGCAUCUUUUGCCGAAAUGGGGGACCAGGAUUCUCCUGCUUUUCAUUAUGGAACGCAUUACUCUUCCGCAAUGAUUGUCACGUCAUAUCUGAUUCGUCUUCCGCCUUUUGUUCAGUCCUAUUUGCUUCUUCAAGGCGGCAAUUUUGACCAUGCAGAUCGGCUUUUUUAUUCAAUUGAGCGGGCCUGGAGUUCUGCGUCCAGGGAUAACAUGACCGACGUCAGGGAACUUAUUCCCGAAUUUUUCUACCUGCCGGAAUUUCUUACCAACCCGAACAAGUUUGACCUGGGACUAAGGCAAGGUUCAAAUGAGCCCAUAAAUCUGGUUGCUCUUCCGCCAUGGGCCAAAGGCGACCCAAAGAUAUUUAUCGCCAAGCACAGGGAAGCCUUAGAGAGCUCUUAUGUCAGUGAGCACCUACAUCAGUGGAUCGACCUUGUCUUUGGCUUCAAGCAGCAGGGUGAAGCGGCGCUGGAAGCCACUAAUGUGUUUCACCAUCUUUCUUAUCGGGGCGCAAAGGACUUGGACAAUAUUGAAGACCCAUUGGAACGGCUUGCUACCAUUGGCAUCAUUCACAACUUUGGACAAACUCCUCAUCAGGUUUUCAGAAAACCACAUCCACAACGAGAAGACCUUUCACGACAGCCAAAAAAGCUUGAGGCUACGGCCGCGUCCUUGACCAGGCUUCCAUUUCCGCUGCUAGCAGAGAGCAAUGAACGAGUGGCUUCACUUCUAUUCUCACCGAAGCACGAUCGCCUGCUGUGCUCAGCGGCAUUUCGGCUGAACGUGCCACCAAACUAUGAUCGGUACAUGGAGUGGGGCUUCUCCGACGAGAGUGUCAGAUUCUUUUCUACGGAUAGUAAAAAGCUUAUUGGGCUCUUUGAGCAUCUCCAUCAGGGCCAGCUUUCCUGUGCUCAAUUUGCCGAUUCGAGAACCCUUAUCACUGCUGGCAUGGAUUGUACCAUCUCCGUCUGGCUAGUUAUAUCUGGAUCAAGAAGCGUAGACUUGCAACCAAAAGUGACUUUAUUUGGUCACCGAGCGCCUGUCAACGUCCUCGCCGCUUCUCGCUCCUUUAGCGCUCUACUUUCAGCAUCUAGUGACGGCCAAGUCAUUUUGUGGAAUCUCAACCGGUUGGAGUUUGUACGGAAACUGGCGACUGGUAAACAUGUGGAUUGCGCUCGCAUUAACGAUGUCACUGGGCAAAUUCUGCUUUGCUCAGGGCAGCACGCAAGUCUCUAUACACUUAACGGAGAGCUCAUGCUUGAACAAAAAGUUUGCGAAUCGGAUGACGAUGAUAUCCUGUCUUGCGCAUUCUACGAAGGAAAUGGCAGCGAGUGGCUGGAAAAGAAUCUUAUCUUCACUGGUCACAGGUGGGGUGUUGCAAAGGUAUGGGAAGUCACUAUCAGGAAUGGCAAAUUCGUACUCGAUCUCGUCAAGCAAUUGAAUCAUGUCGAUGCCAAUAACGAAGAUGGCUUUAAUAUUUCUGCGGCGAUUACAGCCAUUUUGCCCAUGUCGCAAGCAGUAUAUGCCGGGGAUGAAGAUGGUCGCGUGUACGAAUGGGACAUUGUCCAACGCCAGGAAAGCUACUUGGGCCGAUGA